GUCAUCCUGAUCCUAACCAAGUACUACCACGCUGACUCCACCAAGGUGUUGGAGAGCUCCCUGUGGAGGUCCACCGACUAUGGCACAACGUACACCAAGCUGAACYUGAUGCCAGGAACAACCAUCGUUGUGACAAGUUUCUACAUCUGCCCAACCAACAAGAAAAAGGUGGUCAUGGUGGGUUCGUCUAUAAACGAACGAGAUCAGAUGUUGUUUAUCAGCACAGAUGAGGGUUCUUCCUUCCAACGACAGUCAAUCGACUUCACGCCGGAGACACUCAUCUUCCACCCGAAGGAAGAAGACAAGCUGUUGGCCUACUGCAAGGAUGGCAGACUUUAUGCUUCAGCAGAUCUGGGCCACAAGUGGACUUUACUCCAGGAGAGGGUGACCAAGGACAGAGUCUUCUGGUCUGUAUCCAGUGUGGAUGUGGACCCUGAUCUGGUGCACAUGGAAAUGCAAGAUACAAGUGGAGGCUACCUGUAUGUUACCUGUCUCAUCCAGAACUGCUCGGACAAAAUGGUGACCGCUCAGUUUCUUGGGAAGAUUGAUCACAACUCUCUGGUGGUCCAGAAUGACUACAUUUUUGUCAAGGUCACCACAGGGAAUCGCACCAAGCACUAUGUGUCCUAUCGGCGCAAUGAGUUUGUCCUGAUGAGGUUUCCCAAGUAUGCCCUGCCAAAGGAUGUUCAGAUAGUGAGUACAGACGAGAACCAGGUUUUCCUUGCCCUCCAGGAGUGGUACCAGUCCGACACAUAUAAUCUGUACCAAUCGGACCCCCAAGGCGUCUACUACUCCAUGAUCCUGGAAAAUGUGCGCAGCACCAAGCAGCCAGAGGAGAAUGUCCUCAUUGAUAUCCUUGAGGUUCGUGGAGUCAAAGGAGUUUUCCUGGCCAAUCAGAAGGUCGAUGGUAAAGUGACAACUCUUAUCACUUUUAACAAAGGACGAGACUGGGAACCCUUGACCCCUCCUACCACUGACAUGAAUGGAAAACCAGUCAGCUGCAAACUGCCGGAUUGCCAUCUCCACCUCCACCUGCGCUGGGCAGAUAACCCCUACGUGUCUGGCACUGUCCAUACUAAAGAAUCAGCUCCAGGUCUCAUCAUGGGUGCUGGCAACCUGGGCUCCAAGCUGGUGGAGUAUAAGGAAGAAAUGUACAUCACUUCAGACUGCGGGAGGACGUGGAAACAGGUUUUUGAAGAGGAGCAUCACAUUCUGUAUCUGGACCAUGGUGGAGUCAUUGUAGCCAUCAAGGACACCUCUAUUCCUCUCAAGAUACUCAAGUUCAGUACCGAUGAAGGCCGUACCUGGAACAUUCACAACUUCACCAGUACCUCUGUGUUUGUUGAUGGACUCCUGAGUGAACCAGGAGAUGAGACCCUGGUUAUGACUGUAUUUGGCCACAUCAGCUACAGAUCAGACUGGGAGCUSGUSAAAGUGGACUUCAGACAGUCUUUCYCUCGUCAAUGCACCGAGUCCGAUUACGAGUCCUGGCAGCUCACAGACUUGAAGGGAGAAAAGUGCAUUAUGGGCCAAGAGCGAACUUUCAGGAAGAGAAAAGAGACCUCAUUUUGCAUUAAAGGGAAAAGCUACACUUCAGCUCUAACCAACAAGCCCUGCCAGUGCACAGAAAGAGACUUCAACUGUGACUAUGGCUUUGAGCGGUCCCACAUAGAAGGUGAUCGCUGCUUCCCUGACUUUUGGUACGAUCCAGAUUCACCUCCAGAGGACUGCCAUCUUGGACAGAACUAUGAGUCCAGCACUGGCUACAGGAAGGUGAUCUCUGACAYGUGCGAUGGAGGAGUUAACAAACAGCAGAGUGCCAAACAGCACAGCUGCCCUCUGUUGGCCCCUAAAGGUCUACAGGUYGGCAUCAAAGGACAGAUGCUGGCCGUGGCUUCUGGUGAUGACAUCACAUUCAUUGUCCAUCAAGAGCAGGGCGACACAAGCAGUACCAAGUACCAGGUAGACCUGGGUGACGGAGUCCGAGCCAUUUACCAGAACCUGACGGUGACUGACGAGCCCAUCCAGCACCGCUACGAGCACCCAGGGGUUUACAAGGUUACAGUGAAGGCCGAAAACRUUGCAGGGCACGACGAGGCCACCAUGUACAUCCAGGUCACAGCCCCUUUACAGGAAGUGCACCUGGAAGCAGUUCCCAUUGCGAAGAAAAACGAAGAAGUCARUUUGACAGCUGUAGUUCUUCCCACCGAGGCCAACAUGACCGUCUUUUAUUGGUGGAUAGGAGACAGUCUUCAGCCCACAUUGACCCUGCGGAACAGCAUUUUGACUCGUUUCUCUCAGRCUGGAGACGUUUCGGUGACCGUCCAGGUUUCCAACGGUCGAUCCAUGGUUCAGGACACGAAGAUUGUCCGAGUCUAUGAUGACUUUCAGAUUCUUCCUCUGGGCUUCAGCAGAACUCUGGACCACUUUAACCCAAACAUCCCAGAGUGGAGGGACGACGUUGGCCAGGUGGUCACCAAGAUGCUGGCUAAGAUCACAGGUGUUCCUCAGGAGUCUAUAGUUAUUGUGGUGAAACCGGGUCUCCCCACCACUGCUGACCUUUAUGUUCUACCACUGGACAACAAACCAGCCAAGAGGAGUAAAUUUGUYGAUAAGCGUAUUCCAGCGAUCGUGCAGGCGUUUAAUGACAAGAACGUCAGCUUCAUGGUCCGAGGUGGUCUACGAGUGCUGGUGAUGUUAGCUGAUCCUAAUGCAGGCUACCAUGGAGCAGUUGGAGGUCCAGGUAUUUGGGCGCUAGCUGUAAUUUUCCUAAUCAGCGUCAUUGCCACCGGCUCAUUCAUCCUAUACAAGUUUAAAAGUCCUUGGCUUAGGCCUGAGGAUGCCUAUCCCCCGUUGUUUUUCAGGAAGCUUCCAGGAAACCGCAACAUCUAUGCYCAGAUGCACAACGAGAAGGAACAGGAGAUGACAAGCCCCGUCAACCACAGUGAGGACACACAGCACAUUAUCCAAGGCGAGGAGUUCAUUGACGAUGACCUGGACUCGCAGACUUUAGGUAACGCAGGAGGUAGCCCCGCCUUCCGUUCCCUUAUAAGGACUACCACUAACCACUGCUACUAAAACCCAAGCCACUAACUACAGCAGCUAACAGACACCAAGGCAACCACUCAGGUGUGGUCUUGAGCAUCACCUCCAGAGAAUUACACGGUUACCUGACAAGCUGAUCGCUGACAUGGCAACAAUGAUGAGCCCAGCCGAGUCGAGACAGCUAACAAGCACAGGGACUCUGCCUUUCUACAAUGUUUUUGCCCCAACCCCACUUUCCCCUCCAACCUGCCUAAUUUCGACAGGAUUUGUUUAGACCUGUAUUUUACAUCAUUUUAAGGCCCUUUUUCAUUUUUAAUUUUGUUGAUCUCAAUCAUGGAGGAUGUGAGAAAUACAUUUAAAAACAAGUGGACUGUAUCUAUACUGUAGAUGGAGAUGUUUUGCCUCCCAUCUGAGGAGCUUUCUCAGUUUAAAAAAUAAGAAAAUCAAAUUUUGGAUUUGAGAAAUCUCCCUGGAUGGGAAGGRAAACAUCUCAACUAAUUAAUUUUUUUAGUCAAAACACAGCCAGAUGGCUUACCUGUGUUUUAAGAAAAAAUGGUCUAUAAAUUUUCUGCCAUUUAACAUGAUUAAAAUGAGUAAGCACAACUCACUCUUCUGGCUUCCAAGAAAAUUUUGGUGUAAGACGGUAGAACACUUUAGGCCAACAGUGACUGAAGUUAGCUGCCUAAAUACUGCUGUGUGAGCACUAAACAUAGGCUGCAUCGGGGUACAGAAAAUAAAUUAUUGACUAUUAAGUUUGUAUUCUUCCACCUGAUAUUUUCUUCCUUUUCCCCUAAAAGUACCACUCCACUUUUCCCUCUUCAAAGGCAAUAAUAAUCUCAAUGGAAUGUACAGUUUGAUGAACCCUUGUGGAUUUGCAUACAAAGUGAGUAUGCAUGCAAACACAAGAGGGCGAUGUUGCACUUUCUUAAAUUUCCACUCACAGGUACUUCUCACCAUUUUGGGACUAUACACUCUAUGUACACACAGCUUUGUUCAUGUUUCAUCAUWAGGAGUCUUGUUCUUUGCUUUAAAAGUUUAUCUUUUUUUUAGACGAUCUGUGCGUGGUAUUUCAAAUCAACUCUUGUCUGUCCCAUGGUGCCUCGAAGGGCAGACUCUGAUCUGCUUGGUGACAUUAUCUAACGUGUUUAGUUAUUUCUAAAAAGAAAGAGAACAAAAACAAAAAAAAACAUGGCCCUUUCUGCUCCUCCUCGCAAUUWAUUUUAGUCAGAGCAGACUCUUUCCUCUCAAGAAGAAGGUUUCCGACAUGGAAAGAAGGGGUAGUUGAUUUAUUCAGUACCAGCCUAUAUUAGGCGUAGCCCUAAGUGGAAUCAUGUCUUCUUAAAGGUUUGGUUUCUUGUAUGUAAAUGUGUAAAUAUGAACAGUGAACUCCACUUUGUACAUACUCCCAUCAUCAUGUGUUUUACACUGCUACCAAAAUACAUUCAAAUUGUUCUUUGAUUUCUUCUUCCUGGAGUGAUUUGCCAAUGUUCCUUCGAUAUAAAACUCUCACUGUUCAUUGUCAUUGCUUGCUUUAUAUGUACUCAUGUUCAAUAUUUUUGUAUUUUGAGUAGCAACAUGUCACAGGCCUGGGUGAUUACUGGAAAUAGUUUCAGAAUCUAAAAAGACCCUCACAGCUACUGAAUAAUGCUUAUAUAUAUGGAUAUUUUUGAUACACGUCAGUUUUCUCCUAAUUCACACCAAACAUAGGUUAGUGUUUUUGUUGCCUCUUGCCACAGUUUAUUUUUUGUUUUGUUUGCACUAAAAAAGUGAGAUGUUGCAGCUGCAAAGUUCUGGASGUUAGCUGCACAAACCUACAAACUCUGAAUCCGAAGGUCGUUGGACAAAAGACCUUUGAGAUCACCGAUGCUACCAACKUUGUUGACACAACUCUGGUUAAUCUUGUUGUUUUUAACACAGCAGAUUACAUUUACUCACUCUGGUUUAAAUCAACUUUUGUACAUAUUCUGGUCAUGUUCAAUUUGGUCUUGGUUUUAUAGUAGGGUAUGGUCAUUGAAUCAAUGUCCCUUUUGGAAAAAAGGGAAUGUAAGAGAACUGAUUUUCAAGUUCCACUGUAAUAGUCGAGGAGUUUCACAGAUGAUGACACUGACUUUGUAAUUUGUACCACUUCUUUUCACUGUUUUCUUUUUCUUACCUGUUGGUAUGUUUGAACUCWUGAUUUUGCUAUUAAAAACAAUUGUGCGUUCUUUUCAGGAAGCAUACUGCACUGAACCUGCAUCCUGAAAUAAAUCACUCCCAUAACUUGUA